GCAGUGGUUAGGACACCUAGUUUGUGGGUAGCCUAAGUCGGCAAUCCAGGCUGUUCGUACUUUGUCUAGGGGCGGGGGAGGGACGGCCAAUGGGUCUCCUUCACCAGUUUUGGGGACCCGGAGUCUGCCGCGGCAGGAGUGACCGCUCCUGAUGACGCAGCAGGGGGCAUCGACCAGGGCACUGCUCUGGGCCGUAAGGGGCGCGACAUGGCGGUGUUCGGGUCGUCUCCUCGCGCGUCAUUCCUCCCAAGCUGCGCGGCGUGGGGAGCGACCCGGCGGGGAGGAGCUGAGCCGUCUGCUACUGGAUGACCUGGCGUCGACCCCACGAUCUGCGGGGGGACUGGAGCUUCUGUUUGGCCUGUCCCCUUGUCUCCUGGCUCUGCGGGCCGCUCGUCGACGCGUGGCCAGGCUUCUGCUCCAGGCCGGCAGGUCCGGGUUGCAGGGGGAGCGGGCCGAGCUGCUCCGGGCGGCAGAGGCGCGUGACAUCCCAGUUCUGCGGCCCAGACGGCAGAAGCUGGACGCCCUGUGCCGCUACCAGGUCCACCAGGGCGUCUGCAUGGAGGUUAGCCCGCUGCGGCCUCGGCCUUGGACUGAGGUCGAGGAGGCGAGGCCAGGCGACGACCCCCGGCAGCUGUGGCUUGUCCUCGAAGGGCUCCAGGAUCCCCGGAACCUUGGGGCCGUGCUGCGUUCGGCUCACUUUCUCGGAGUGGAUAAAGUCAUCACCAGCGGGAGAAACAGCUGCCCGCUCACUCCGGUAGUCAGCAAGGCCAGCGCAGGGGCUAUGGAGGUGAUGGACGUGUUCUCCACUGAUGACCUGGCCGGUUUUUUACAGGCCAGAACCCAGGAGGGCUGGCUCGUGGCUGGCACAGUGGGCUGCGCGGGGCCUGACAUUUCCCCGUUCUCAGAGAUCCCCGUCACUAGUUGCUUGGAGUUCCUAUGGGACCAGCCCACUGUCCUAGUGCUGGGUAAUGAGGGCUCUGGUCUGUCCAAGGAGAUACAAGCCUCCUGCCAGCUUUUCCUUACCAUCCUGCCCGGCCGGCAGCUGCCCUCUGGACUUGAGUCCUUGAAUGUCUCCGUGGCUGCAGGAAUUCUUCUUCACUCCAUUUGCAGCCAGAGGAAGGGUUUGCCUGCCAAGAAGAGAGAGCAACUUCUCUAAGACCCCCAAGGACCCUCAGCCACGUCAGCAGGACUCAGAGUGGCUCAGCACCCAGGACUGUCCUCAGGACCAGAACAAGAGAGGAAAAAUGGGGGCUGACUUGGAUUGUCUGAAGUGUGUGUGCUGGAGGGCACACACAUCCACAUGAUCGAAUGUGCUGGAGUCUUUUGCCUGAGAGUGCAUCCAGGCCCCUGUUUAUUAACCAUUGUCUUGUAGGGCAGGAAGCUCUGCGGUGGAGACCAAAAGAAAGUUCAGUUUCCUGUUUUGAUUUUGGACUUGCAGUUGGAAGUGGAGCUUGUUAAUCUCCAAGAUGUGCUGGGAUAGAAGGUCUCUCUUCUGGGUCCUGCCUGGAAGUCAAGACAUACAUUGGGAAUUGGGCAGCCCAGUCCAGGUGUCCUGUUCCUCUUGAACCAGUGGGAGAAUGUAGAGAAAGGCCCAGUUCCUCUUGUGCACUAGACAGGUACAAAUCCAGGCUCUAAUGUUGCCCUAGUGGGGGCCUUGAGCACGAGACUUCUUCCUUCUGUCCCUCACAGGGCUCUUUGUGAGGAUCCAAUAAAAUGUCACCUGGGCCAUUCUGCCCCAUUCGUCCAUUA